GUAGUCCUCAACCAAUUCAUCAAGCUCACCUGAAUCCAGGGAAUUCUGAAGGUAAAACUUACCAGAGUAUUCAGCAGAUGAGAAAUGCAAUGGAAAAAGAGAUAAAGAGUGAAAGAAGAAGAGGAAAUGGAAGAGACUUAGCCUUUACUUUGAUGCCAUUGUAUGCUCUUGGUGUGGGAGUGUUUGCAGCAUACAAAUUUCUUAAGGUAAGCAAUAGGAAUUUAAAAAGUCUGUCCAAGAAGGAAAAAAAUACAGAAGACAAGGCAAAGGAAACAGAGCAUCAGCUUUUAGAAUUGGAGCAUCAUCUAGCACAUACAGAAAAAAUGUUAAACUCUUUAUUGACUCAGUUGGAUCCACUGUCAAACUGUGUUAAUGCUUUAGCUUGUGAGCAGAAAGAUGAAAUAAUGACACAACUCCAAUCAAUUAGACGACUGAUGAAAGAAAGUGGAUUGGAUAAAUCGGAAAACAAGAUGAAAGAUGCCAGCAAAAUUUGUAAUGAGAAACUUGAAGACCUCAUUCAGUCAUUUGCCGAGCAUUCUCUAGAGAAAGAAAUAGAUGACCAAGAAGAUAAGAAUAAUGAAGAUUUGCUUGAGGAUAUUGGGGAUAAUGAUUACAAAGUAGAAGAGGAUCAAUUAUGUGAGGAAUGUGAUGUAAAUCAAAUGUUUGAACCAGAUGUGGUAGAAGAACAAGAAAUGAUAAACGGAGAUGGUUUUGAACCAGAAGAGAUAAGCCUGAGGAGACGUAUUAGAUGUGAAUGAAAUAGGUAAAACAUUAAAAGGCAUAUGUUAUUUUCACAAUAUUGUAUGCACUUUAAACUGUUUUGAACCAAGUUACAUGCGCUGCUAUAUGCUUUAAAAAGAGAGUGAAAUAUUGUCUGUGCUUAUAUCUCUGGCAGUUUUGUAACUGGCUUCAAUGGCAGUAGAAUUUCACUUGGAAUGUUUACAUACUUUUUCUAUUUAUUUUUUUCUAUAGAAGAUAUUUCUGUACUCUCUGUAUAUAAUGGAUUGUAAUUAUAUCUGAAGCUUCAGUAAAAUAUUGGAUUCCCUUGUAA